AUGGCCCCUUCUAUUCCUAGCAUGGUGCCGGCUGAUGGCAAUGGGCACAGUGCACAAGGGAUGAGGAAGCUCAGGAAGCCAGUGAUUGAGAAGAUGAGAAGAGAUCGGAUUAACAGCAGCAUUGAGCAGCUCAGGAUGUUACUGGAGAAAGAGUUUCACAAACAGCAUCUUCCAUCCAAACCAGAGAAAGCGGAUAUUCUGGAGAUGACAGUGACCUUAUUGCAGCAGCACCUGGCUGGGAAAACUGCUCCAUCAUCCAGCCAGAGCUACACAGAAGGUUACUCCAAGUGUCUCCAGGUCUCUGAGGGCUUCCUAUCCCAGCACAGACAGACAGAGGCCCAGGUGAAGCUGCUGCAGAACAUCCAUUGGACACAAACUCUUCCAGAAGGGGAAUUAUCUUCUAAAGUUACUUUUAGCCAGACCACAAGCAAACACAAAGCCAGCAAAGCCAUCUGGAGACCCUGGUAG